AUGGCUGUUGGUGUUAAAUUAUUCUCUACUGACAGUGAGCUGUUUAACAACCCCACACUUUAUCGAAGUACCAUAGGUACUCUUCAAUAUCUUACCCUCACCAGACCUGAUCUCAGCUUCUUUGUCAACAAGUUGAGCCAGUUUUUGUCAGCCCCUACAGAGCUCCACUGGCAGGCAUGUAAAAGAAUCCUUCGGUAUGUCAAAGGCACACUGGAUUAUGGCAUACACUUCAAACCAACAGUGGCUUUACAAGUAGAAUGCUAUGCUGAUGCAGAUUGGGGCAGUAACUUGGAUGACAGGAGAUCCACAAGUGGAUAUUGUGUGUAUAUGGGUCCUAAUCUGAUUCAGUGGAGUUCUCAGAAGCAAAAAGUAGUUGCCCUAUCCUCAACUGAGGCUGAAUAUCGAGCAUUGGCUCAAACUGGUACUGAGGUAGCUUGGUUGCAAAGUGUUUUUUCUGAACUAGGGUUAACACUAUCCACAACACCGGUUAUUUGGUGUGACAAUGUCAGUGCUGGUGCCCUAGCAUCUAAUCCUGUCUUUCAUGCUAGAACUAAGCACAAUGAUAUUGAUACUCACUACAUUCGAGAACAAGUGUUAGCAAAACAAGUUACGAUUCAAUAUGUGCCUUCUAAACUUCAAAUACUGACAUAUUGA